AUGUCUUUGGACGAAAUUAUUAAGUCAAGCAAGCCAUUAGCCGAGAAUCGCAACAGAAACCGCAACCAGAGGAGGAGUCACCCGUACAAACAAAACAAUAGAUCCCGAAACAAUUUUCAAACAAAACCGCAAAGCACCACAUCUGAGAAUGGAGGUUAUAACAGACGCAUCCAUCAGAGAAAGAGUUUUCCUGAAACUUCUAACCGGAUACAAAGACCGAACGUUUUCCAAAGAAACUCAGACGGCUUCAAGAUGUUAGUGUCGAAUCUACAUCCCAGUGUGACCAAUAUGGAUCUGCAAGAACUGUUUAUUGAGUUUGGAGAUUUAAAACGUUGGUCCAUUCAUUAUAACCAAAACGGAAAGUCCGUGGGUACUGGAGAAGUAGUAUUUUUCAACAGAGACGCAGCUACCAGAGCUGUGAGACAAUACAAUGGCGUUCCUUUGGAUGGACGACCCAUGAGGCUUGAGUUGGUUGGGGAGAGGAAUGAUAACGCACCCAGAUUUCUCAGAAACUGGGGAAACAAUAAGGAAAAGGAGCAAUCUUUUGAAAAAAGGAGAGUCAAUGGUCCCAAAAAUGAAGUUAGGAAAAAUAAGGCUGUUACUGAGGAAGAUUUGGAUGCUGAGAUGGAAGAGUACAAUAGGCAAAGAACUUUAUCAGGAAAGGAAUAG